CGGCGGAUGCAGUAUCCAGGCCGCCGUGGCCGGCGCUCAAAUUUCCCGGGCCGGGAGCGCUGGGCCUGCCGGGAAGGCACCGGGACGGUUACCCAGCGGGCCGCCGGCGGUCGUGGGCGACCUUCGCCAUGCAGAGCACUGACCUAGGCAACAAGGAGAGCGGCAAGAUAUGGCACCGCAAGCCGUCCCCGGCCACGCGGGACGGAAUUAUAGUGAACAUCAUUCACAACACUUCCGAUUACCAUCCAAAAGUUUUGCGAUUUUUGAAUGUGGCUUUUGAUGGCACAGGCGACUGCUUAAUUGCUGGGGACCACCAAGGAAAUAUUUAUGUUUUUGACUUGUAUGGAAACAGGUUCAAUCUUGUUCAGCGAACAGCACAAGCUUGCACAGCUCUGGCGUUUAAUCUUCGUAGGAAAUCUGAAUUCCUUGUGGCAUUAGCUGAUUAUUCUAUUAAAUGUUUUGAUACAGUCACCAAGGAGCUAGUUAGCUGGAUGAGAGGACAUGAGUCAUCAGUAUUUUCAAUCUCUGUGCAUGCAUCAGGGAAAUACGCCAUCACCACUUCUUCUGAUACAGCACAAUUAUGGGACUUGGAUACCUUUCAAAGAAAAAGAAAGCUGAAUAUUCGCCAGUCUGUGGGUAUACAGAAGGUUUUCUUUCUACCAUUAAGUAAUACCAUCCUCAGCUGUUUUAAAGAUAAUUCCAUUUUUGCCUGGGAAUGUGACACACUUUUUUGCAAAUAUCAAUUGCCAGCUCCACCUGAAAGCUCUAGUAUAUUAUACAAAGUGUUUGCUGUGACCAGAGAUGGCCGAAUCCUGGCUGCUGGAGGCAAGUCAAAUCAUCUUCAUUUGUGGUGCUUGGAAGCUAGGCAGCUCUUUAGAAUUAUCCAGAUGCCCACUAAAGUUCGAGCCAUUCGUCAUCUAGAAUUUCUUCCUGAUAGUUUUGAUGCUGGUUCUAAUCAGGUUCUUGGAGUACUAAGUCAAGAUGGUAUUAUGAGAUUUAUCAAUAUACAGACUUGUAAACUUCUCUUUGAGAUUGGGAGCCUUGAUGAAGGAAUUAGCUCAUCAGUAAUUAGCCCACAUGGACGGUACAUUGCAUCUAUUAUGGAAAAUGGAAGUCUAAACAUAUAUUCAGUUCAGGCUUUAACACAAGAAAUAAAUAAGCCACCUCUGCCUUUAGUGAAAGUUAUUGAAGAUUUGCCCAAGAAAAAACUGAGUUCCAGUGAUCUUAAGAUGAAAGUAACAUCAGGAAGAGUACAGCAGCCAGCAAAACCCAGGGGAAGCAAAACACAAACGAGAAUAUUAAAACAAGACCUGACUGGUGAUUUUGAAAGUAAAAAGAACGAGUUACCAGAUGGAUUGAACAAAAAGCGUUUACAAAUCUUAUUAAAAGGCUACGGUGAAUAUCCAACAAAAUACAGAAUGUUCAUUUGGCGUUCUCUGCUGCAACUGCCUGAAAAUCAUACUGCAUUUAGUAGCCUCAUAGAUAAGGGGACUCAUGUGACAUUUCUCAACCUUCAGAAGAAAUACCCCAUCAAAAGUAGGAAACUGCUCAGAGUAUUACAGAGAACCUUAUCUGCAUUAGCUCACUGGUCUGUCAUUUUUAGUGACACACCGUAUCUUCCACUCUUGGCAUUUCCAUUCGUAAAAUUAUUCCAGAACAACCAACUCAUCUGUUUUGAAGUUAUUGCUACUCUUAUAAUCAAUUGGUGUCAACACUGGUUUGAAUAUUUUCCUAAUCCUCCUAUCAAUAUUCUUAGUAUGAUAGAAAAUGUUUUGGCAUUUCAUGACAAGGAACUGCUGCAACACUUCAUAGAUCAUGAUAUAACUUCCCAGCUAUAUGCAUGGCCUCUUCUUGAAACUGUGUUCUCAGAAGUGCUGACAAGAGAGGAGUGGCUGAAACUGUUUGAUAAUAUCUUUUCCAACCAUCCUUCCUUCCUUCUGAUGACUGUUGUAGCCUACAACAUAUGUUCUAGAGUGCCUCUGCUCAACUGUAAUCUUAAAGAUGAUUUUGAGUUUUUUUUCCACCAUCGGAAUAACCUGGAUAUAAAUGUUGUGAUUAGACAAGUUUAUCAUCUCAUGGAGACCACGCCUACUGACAUUCAUCCAGACAGCAUGCUUAAUGUUUUUGUUGCACUGACAAAAGGGCAGUAUCCAGUAUUUAACCAAUAUCCAAAGUUUAUUGUGGACUAUCAGACACAAGAACGAGAAAGAAUAAGGAAUGAUGAAUUGGAUUACUUAAGAGAGAGGCAGACAGUUGAAGAUAUGCAAGCUGAAGUUGACCAGCAAAGAGUUGAAGAUGAAGCUUGGUACCAGAAACAAGAGCUGCUUCGUAAAGCUGAAGAAACAAGAAGAGAAAUGCUCUUACAAGAGGAGGAGAAAAUCAUACAACAAAGACAGAGGCUAGCUGCUGUGAAAAGAGAGCUGCAAGUAAAGGAAAUGCACUUACAAGAUGCUGCAAGAAGGCGUUUUCUGAAGCUUCAGCAAGAUCAACAGGAAAUGGAGCUAAGAAGACUGGAUGAUGAAAUUGGGAGAAAGGUAUAUAUGAGAGAUCGAGAAAUUGCUGCCACAGCCAGAGACCUAGAAAUGAGACAGCUGGAACUCGAAUCACAAAAGAGACUUUAUCAGAAGAAUCUUACUGAAAAUCAAGCAGCUGUUGCAAAAGAAAUGCGAGCAGAUGCAGAUGCCUAUAGACGAAAAGUGGAUCUUGAAGAACACAUGUUUCAUAAGCUGAUAGAAGCAGGUGAAACACAGAGUCAGAAAACUCAGAAGGUGAUUAAAGAAAAUUUGGCAAAGGCUGAACAAGCAUGCCUAAAUACUGACUGGCAGAUUCAGUCUUUACAUAAACAAAAAUGUGAUGAUCUACAACGAAACAAAUGUUACCAGGAAGUAGCCAAACUCCUUAGGGAAAACAGAAGGAAAGAAAUAGAGAUAUUAAAUGCAAUGGUGGAGCAGGAAGCCAAGAAGUGGAAGGAAGCUGAAGGAAAAGAGUUCUGUUUGAGAUCAGCAAAGAAAGCGUCUGCUCUUUCAGAUGCAUCUAGAAAGUGGUUUUUAAAGCAAGAGAUAAAUGCGGCUGUAGAACAUGCUGAAAAUCCAUGUCAUAAAGAAGAACCCAGGUUCCAAAACGAACAGGAGGACUCAAGCUGUUUGCCCAGAACCUCACAUUUAAAUGACUCUUCUGAAAUGCAUCCCUCAACACAGAUUUCUUUAAAUAGAAGAGCAGUAGAAUGGGACACCACGGAACAGAAUCUUAUCCAGAAAGUGAGGAAUCUGCGUCAGAGACUCACUGCCCAGGCUCGUCACAGAUGUCAAACCCCUCAUCUUUUGGCUGCAUAGAAGCCACGUCAGCUUGAGACAGUCGAGAGAGAGAUCUAUUUUGCAAUCAGUGAUACUGAUUUUUAGAUUAUUUAUUUAAAAUUCCUAUAAAGAUCGGCCCUUUGUAUAGAAAAAUGUGUCUGUAAAAAUUAUGUGUUAUUUAAUUCUGAUACUUUUCGGCUUGUAAAUGGCUUAUUGUACUUUUUACAAUAAAAAUGUUUUAGAAACGGUUAAA